AUGGACAGCCCUGAAUAUUUCAUCAGCUGGGGGUCAGAGAGAUACGUUCCACUACAACGAUUCAAAGACCUCCAGCCGCCUCGCCACGAUCUCGUUCGGCAUUAUGGAGACGUCCUCAACACAGCCCAAACCUUCACCCAGCAUUUUUCAAGAGAACCCCUCAAGAGUUACGACAUCGAAAGGUCGCUGAGCAAGAAUAUGGGUCGCGACCCUUCAUGCUGGAACGAAGACGCAAAUAGCGCAUCUAUUUCCUGGCUGGACAUUGUUCGUCACGGCGAUUUCGAGCAACAAAGUGACGGAAGUUACCACUGUUCCAUUCAGGGCAGGGUGCUUGAAUUCGAUCCGCAAUCGCACGAUAGGGUUGAGUUUUGCCGAAGCCAUGCUGUCCAAAUUUCCAAUUCGGGGCCAAGCCACGAAGAGGUGAAGAGGGAGGCAGAAACCACUCUGAGAAUAUUGACUGAUAUCUCCGGCGAACUAAGUGACUUCCACAGAUAUAAGGGAAGUCUAGAAAAUCUUGAGCGAGCGCUGAAAAUACGCCUGAGCGAGCUUCAAUCCAUCCUAGAUCGCAUGACAAUAUCUCCUACGCCAACAAGUCCACCAGCACAGUAUCUCACGCCGCGUGAGCCCGACAUCGCAGUGGGGAGCGAGAGACUCCGUGCAUCAAGUCCAGCACAAUCAUGCUCAUCGAGUGGAUCAAGCGGAUCAGAAACGACCUCUGAUAACGAUUGCAAGAGGAGUAUGGACAGCUCGUCUGAAGAUUCGAGUGAGGAUGAUGAGUCAGAGGACGAAAACACAGACGAGUCCCCGGAAGACAAUGGCGCAGAGGACGAGGACUUGGAUGACACGAUCCAAGAGGAAAAAGGGAUAGAAGAUGGCAGUUCUAAGAAUGGCUCCAGUGGACAGAGGAACAAUGACUCUAACAUUGGAGGCAACGCGGCACAGGAUGGUGACACAGUCGGGACUUCAUCGAUGCCUCUAACGGGAGAGGAUAAAAAUGCCCUCCCAACAUCUCGUAUUUCUCUGCCAGGAGACACUGGGAAAGCCAGCUCGGUGAGCUCCGUGCUCAUGAACGACUUAUCGCCUAGCUCUUUACCACUAAAGAGUGAAAACGACGUUAAAAUGGACCGUGUGUCCUCGCGUCAAGACCUCGCGCUGGGUAUGCACGAAUCACCCCCAAAGCGUCUCCGCAAGGGAUGCAAUACGCGCAUUGGAAAUGACAGUGAGCCUCCUCACGCCCACGCAUGUAAGCGGCGAAAAUCCACCAAUGUGUCAGAAUUGCAGAAAAAUCGCAAGUCCAAUUGUCAGGAGAGAUUGGUUGCUGUUGCGUGGAUGAAGGCACAUGCACACGAAGGAUGGAACGAAUCGGAAAGAGCGAGAGCAUAUGAAAGCAACUUUGGCAUCAAGCGAACUACCACGACUCUCAAGCAUUGGAUGGAUGACCCCAAAAAUUCUCAAGAAAGUCGUAUUGUGGAAUUGAAAGUUCCGAGUCCUCGUCUACGUGAGAUAUUAUCGAACGAUGCUCCUUAA